GCCACUCGCUCAACCUUUACAUAAUCUGAUUUAGUUGCGCAUCGAACCGUCGUGCAUUUCUCACAGUCGCGAUGUUUCGUGUGUCUCGUCUCGCGCGUUGUGCUGCGUCGACCACGACGACCUUCUCGUUCAGCGAUAAGAUGCAGAAGCUGCAGGCGGACCCCGACCACGCUUUAAACGGAAGAGACUACCGCUUUAUGCGAGAGCGUCUGGAGGAGUACCGCAAACUGCAGCAGACGUACGCGGUGAAGCAGACAGAGGUGGAGCGGGCGAAGAAGGCGGCAAAUAUGUGCGGUCUCGAGUUCACCGGCAAGGGCCCCCGCAAGAGUCCAACGUGCCCCAAGACGGAGAAGGCGUAG